AUGGGUGGUGGAGGUGUCGAUUGCUUUUUUACUAGGUGGCGAGAUGUGUAUUGGGUUCGAUUGGGUGGUGGUGAUGUGGGGACUGGGUCUGUGAGGUUUGGUGGCAGUGGCAGAAUCAGUGGCGGUUGUGAUGAUGAUGGUCUGACAAUCAUGGCCAUGGAUGUGGGUUGUCGGGGGAAGGAAGGACCCAGCAACGGAGAGGUGGGAAGGAUGGGCAUGGCCAAAUGGGAGAGAUGGAGACAGAGAAGUGGGGUGACCCCCGAAUGGGCAGAGAUUAGGGUGGAGAUGGGUUGGAAAAUCUAG